AUGACUCUCACAUGACAGCUGGCUGCCCCCGUAUUAGAGGACUAUCUACCCCGCGUAAGCAUGGACGUGCCGGAGCCUGUGUGGUUAAAGGCCCCGGGGUCGUUGUCGGUACAGGACGUGUACCGUAUGGCCGUGUGCCUCGGCUCUGAGUUAAAGACGUUAACGGAGCAGUAUGGUCCGGAUUCGGUGUCAGGGGUCGUCCCUCAAGUGGUGCGGGUGCUCGAGUUACUGGAGACUUACGUGGACUCCGGGAGGGAGCGGAGCUUCCCGGAGAAAGAGCUGCUGAUCCGAGCCGUGCAGAGCAUGCAGAUCGCCAAGGAGGAGCGCACUGCUCCGGAUCUCGAGCAGAAGCUUCUUGAAGCCCAAAGGAAAGAGCAUGAUCUGCAAAACCAGCUUUCCCAGCUCACAGAGGAGAACCAAAAGUUGUUAGGGCAGCUGGCAGAGUCCAAAGCUCUGGAAGAAUGUGCUGCAAGAGAAGAGCGAGACUUGAUGCUGAAAUUGAAGAAAAUAGUGGAUAAUCAGAGAGACCAGAUCCGAGCGUUGACCCAUGAGAAUUUGCAGAAGACCAAGGAUUCGGAAGCGCUACAGGAACAGUUGGACCGUUUCAUGAAAAUGAACGAAGACCUGCGGCGUAAACUAGCCGUCCUCCAGGCUCAGCUCCGAAGCUCUCUACAGAGAAAAACCGACGUGGAAAAUGUUCUGCAGGAAAAGGUUAAAGAACUCGAGAGACUCUCACGUGGGAGCGACGUGCCCUUCGGCAUCCCGGACGAUAAUAUGAACACAACAGAAGUUUGUGUUGAUCAGGAACCAAAAGGAGAAGCUCUAUCAAGUCAGCCGUGCUUCACUAAAGAAGAUGUUAAGCAGAUUGUACAGGAAAGAAACGAACUGAAGACAAACCUGUUUCUUGUAAAUGAGGAGCUGCAGUAUUACCAGAGGGAGUUGCUGAAUGAUGAAAGGAUCCCAGGCCUCUUAUUAUGUGGGUUGAAAUCUGCAAUAAGGAAGCAGCGAAAGAAGAUCAAAGCCAAGAUGCUUGGAAUUGUAGAGUCUCCAACAAGCAGUGACGAUGAAGAAAGUUCAUGGCCACGAGAGGCAGGCACUGACUGUGUUGACUCCAAACCCUCAGAUUCAAAAAUAAAGAGCUUGUUUGGGAUGUGGUAUGGCAAACCUACCACAGAUGCAGGAACCUGGGAGAUCAUUAACCCCAAGGAGCUCACACUGGUGCAGAAAGAAGAAGGAGCCGAUUGUGAGAAUGAUUGAAUCGUAUGAGGUUUUGUUG